AUGCCGAUCAAAAUCUUCAAUGUGGUCCUUGUCGUUCUAUCGUCUUUCCUAGUUUGGGCAUACGUCAAGCACCUGCUGGAACACAUGAAAGCGCAUUUGCCGAUGCCGACUGACAGGAUUUCUCUGGGCGCGAUGUUUGCAGUGGCUAGUGGUGCAACGGCCUACAAGGUCGGGCUGAUGACUUUCAAGUUCAAAUACUUCUGGUCCACCACGACGCCUGAAAAGUUGAUAACUCCGGACGCCGCGAUGGACGUCGCAACCCUGUUAUACGAAGCUUACAUGGCUAUGGCUCAAGUUUACGCUGUCUGGUGGCUAUUCAGCCAUGUUCUCAUGCUUGUUUUUACGGCCUUCUUUCGCCUUGCCGAGGCGUUAUUCCGAAUCGUCGCGUAUCUCAUCUACGAGCCACUCCCGGUUGUGUCCGCCGAGCAAGCUCAGAUCGAUCAGGCUCCUGCAAUGGAUUGGCCGUUGUUUGCGAGGUUGUCCAAGUUGUGGGAUAGCGAUGAUCUUAAAACCAUCGGAACUUUUGGCGGUCCAGAAAUGGCUAACAGUCAAAAAGAAGGCAUAGUCCAGCUCUCUUAGAGCAGGCUGAACAGGAUGGUCUUGGUAAAUUGGAAUAACGGAGUCAACGUUGGGUCUUGGCCGAGGCGUUGGGAGUUGAUCUGGAUUUCUUGAAAGAACACC